CACGAUCCAUUCAGUGUUGCAUAAAUGUGUGCGUAUUAAUGAAACCACUGCAUGAGAGUGAAAAUAUGUUGCUUCCGCCUUUGAUGACUGCGAGCGUGAAGAGCUUUCUUUUGGAGCGCCAGCGGGUGGUACAUAUGUUUAGCAGGGAGUUUGUAGAACAGACAGACAAUAUAUACAAAAGGCACAAGGACAGAUUAGGUGUCAUGGGCGUAUAGUUAUAGCGUGCGGAAAAAAGUUGGGCUAGUACUGUUUUCUAUCAAGAGUUAAAGAAGUUUAUGGAUGUUUAAAAUUGACAAUCAUCUCAAAUUCAACCAACGGGUGCAGUUUGCUAACGUCGUGCAUCACAUAUAUUCUCAGUUGACAACAUUGUGGAUGUGAUUCAUAAAGAAUUAAUUUUAUUGAUUGCACACCCAUGCAGAGGUGAAUGAAAACCGUGCUUGCGAAUAUAGUUCAUUCACUCUUGACUGUGGUAGAACGGUUCAAGGAAACGCGUCUGUGAAAAUUUAUUCCUAUUUAAACGAAUAACAGUGUAUCCUAGCGUGGUGAACGAUGGAUUUGAAACACAAAGUAGCAUUAGUCACGGGGGCAGCAACAGGCCUGGGUCGAGCCUUUUGCGAAGAGCUUUUGAAGUACGGGGCUAAGGUGUCAAUAUGUGAUCUGGACUCAGAUGCCGGGGAGCUGACGGCAAAAGAACUGGAGCACGAAUUCGGAGUGAACCGAGUUUUAUUUUGCCAUUGUGAUGUGACUGAUUAUGUUCAGUUUGAAGAGGCAUUCCAGUACACGAAAUCGAUAUUCAACGAAAUUGACAUUGUGAUUAAUAAUGCAGAGAUUAUGAAUGAUAAAUUCUGGGAACUGGAGGUGGAUGUCAAUCUAAACGGAGCUAUUCGCGGAACGUUACUCGCGCAGCAGUUCAUGAGUAAAGAUAAAGGUGGCAAAGGGGGAGUGUUGAUAAAUAUUGGUUCCGCUGUUAGCGUAAAACCCCAAUUAUCUACACCGAUCUACACUGCUACCAAGCACGCUAUUCUAGGAUUGACCAAGUCCUGCGGGGAUCCUUAUCACUACAAUAUAACGGGUAUAAGAACAUUCGCAUACUGUCCCGGACCCAUCGAGAAUUCAUUUUCUCACAACAAACGAUUCAGCUCCCCUGCGCAUGAAAAAGCUUGGAAACUUGAUAUGUCGGCUUUUCAGUUCCAGAAGUUGGAGUACGUUGCACGGGAACUAAUUCCACUACUUAAAAAUGCACCCACAGGAUCCAUAUGGCUAGUGAGCAAUGGAAAACCGCCCAAAGAGAUAGCCUACAGCAGUAUCUAAGAUUGUAACCGUAUCGAAUUCCGAAGCCAGCUUUGCAACACAAGCAAAUGAUACUCACUCAUAAAAUAAUUCUUUAUUAGCUAUAUGAAAUCAUCUUCACCGAGAAAGGAUCAGAGCGAAACAUAUUUACCAUUGAUCAUUAAGCAGAUAAACUACUCACAGAAACUAUCAGAAAAUAAUGUGUCUCCUAUUAAUUCUGUAAUGACUCGCUUUUUGUACCACGCUGAAUAUCACUAACAUUAGAAAACCAAUUUUGUAUGACAUUAUUGAUUUUUGAAAUCAAUCAUACCACGUACGUUAGUAUCCAUUAUUAUAACACACAAGAAAAAGAAAUAUUUAUAUUUAUCACAUAGCCUCGUAAGAGUAAAAACAUCAUUAUCGCUUUUGAUAAGUAUCAUUGCUGAAAUAAAAUGUAGAAAAUAAUU